AUGGCCGCCGCUUUACAUGAACAUCGAAAUCCACGCUAUCUACUGGUCUCUACAGAUGAGCCCAAACAAACGCUGGAGCCCAUUACGGGCUAUGCUGCUGAGCCACUGCUUUCCUUGGAAAAAGCUUGCGAACCGCUCCUACUGAUCGUUCCUUGUCUGUCAUUGUACGUGUCUCGAGCCAAAGAGGAGUCAAAAGAUCCUGCCGAUAACCUCACCCCAGACGAGUCAGCCGCUAUUCGUCUCUACAGCAUGGAAUGGGAUGGGGAAGGCGACAUUCCGGAUGCAAGUCUUUAUUUUCAUCUCAAUGAAACGCUAAGAAAGAAGGAUCAAGCCGAACUGCGACCGUGGUAUCGCUAUUUGAAAUUGUUUCUCACUGCUUUGGCCAAACUUCCUCCCAUGCCAGUUCUAAUCGCCUGGCGUGGCGCACACAAUGAUCAGAGUGCUGAAUAUCCGAAGGGCGCUGAAUUUGCAUGGUGUGCAUUCUCAUCGUGCACAACAUCCUUGGAUUUUCUCAAGUCGGAUCUAUACGUAGGCAAAGUCGGAAACAGAACUAUCUUUACAAUCGAAACAUUCAAUGGACGAAGUGUGCGUGGUCAUUCGCAUUACGCAAUCGAAGACGAGAUAUUGUUAUUACCUGGAACUUAUUUCCAAGUUAUGGCACAACUUCAUCCGUCGCACGACCUCUACAUUGUCCAAUUGAAACAGAAACAGCCCCCACGUGAACUCCUCGAGCCACCUUUCGAAGGUAAAUGUGUGAUUGCUCAACCGUGUGAAUCCAAGGACGAUUUUUUGUGUGGCUCUUGGAUGCUUAGUAUGAUUGGUAUCAUUAAACUAGUAUACAUUCGAAUAUCCUUUAUCAAUUUAUGUAACUAA